AUGUUUAGUGCCAAGGAGUUGGUCACCCCGCUCCUCGAGGGCCAUGUGUACCACCACUCAGACACACACCACUUCUGCUACACCAACACACGCAUCCCACAAUGGCACGAGAUAUGGACCAGGACACAGAUCCGGGUCAACAGCAGCCACAUGUUCCGAGUCACCCAGGUGGACAGCGAGGAGGAGCUGGAAGGGUUCAGCGUGUGGGAUGUAGUCUCCUCCUUUCUGAAAGAGAAGCUGAACGACACCAGCAUCGAUGUGGAUCUUUACAGCAACAAAACCUGCCUGAAGGUCGAGCUGCUGGAGGCUGGAACCACCUACUCCGUCAUCCUUUUCCGACGUUUUGACCCUAAGCUGUUCUUGGUUUUCUUCCUGGGCCUGUUACUGUUCUUCUGUGGGGACAUGCUGAGCAGGAGCCAACUCUUCUACUACUCUGCUGGGAUUAGUUUUGGCUUGCUGGCCUCGCUGCUCAUCCUUGUCUACAUGAUGUCCAAGGUCAUGCCCAAGAAAAGUCCAGUUUAUUUCCUGCUGGUAGGAGGCUGGUCCUUUUCCCUCUACCUGCUUCAGCUGAUCUUUAAGAACCUGCGGGAGAUCUGCAAGUCCUACUGGCAGUACGUCCUAGGGUACCUGCUGCUCGUUGGAUUUGUGAGCUUCAGCGUGUGCUACAGGUACGGCCCGCUGGAGAACCAGCGCAGCAUCAACCUCCUCUCCUGGGCCCUGCAGCUCCUGGGGCUGUUGCUGAUGUACUCGGGCAUCCAGAUCCAUCCCAUCGCCUUGGCCUUGGUGGUCAUUGCCAUCUGCACCAAGAACCUGGACUACCCUUUGCAGUGGGCCUUCGCUGCCUACAGGAGAGUGCAAGGAGCCAGGCAUGGUCUGAGCCCCCCUCGCCUGCUGACUGAGGAGGAGUACCGGGUCCAGGGCGAGGUGGAGACGCGCAAGGCUCUCGAGGAGCUUCGGAACUACUGCAGAAGCCCAGAUUUCUCUGCCUGGACUGCAGUCUCCCGCAUCCAGUGUCCCAAGAGGUUUGCAGACUUUGUGGGUGGCUCCUGUCACGUCACCCCCAAUGAGGUCUCUGCCCAUGAGCAGGAGUAUGGUCUGGAUGGCAUCUUCCUUGAGGACCAGCUCUUUGAGGAGGAGGAGGAGGAUGAAAAUGAGGAUGAUGACCUUUUGGACAGGAAUCACAAGAGUUACUCCCUGAACCACAACCACCUGGAUGCUCGUUGA